CCGUGGAUGUUGGAUCGUUUGGAGAGCUCGUCCUGCGCGCGGACGGUUCUGGAGACGGACAGGAGCCUGAGCCCUGGAGCCGGCCUUCUCUGCUCCCAUGUCCGGGUCGAGGUGUCCCUGAAGGAUUAAAGAGAUGAUCUGAAGAGUCCAAACUUCUCCAAGGCUCGUUCUGGCGUGUUUGCUGCGUGACGCGUGGACUGUUCUUUCACAUUGCUCCGAGGAGACCUGGACCCACUGAUGGAACAGGGUCACUCCACCGUUCUCCUGCAGCCUCCCAACACCACCUAACGUUUCCUGUAAGAACGUGCCCACUGCCUGCUCCCAACAAACAUGGACUGUUUCCCCAUGCUUUAUUUUCUGUCGAGACAUCAUGAUUCCUGGUAAUCGAAUGCUGAUGGUCAUUUUAAUAUGCCAAGUCCUGCUGGGAGAGAGCAGCCAUGCUAGUCUGAUACCUGAAGAAGGGAAGAAGAAAGUACCUGGCCUGCAGGGUCGUACGGCCACUCAGAGCCAUGAACUGUUGCGGGACUUUGAGGCCACGCUGUUGCACAUGUUCGGCCUCAAAAGGCGGCCGCGGCCCAGCCGCUCCACCACAGUGCCUCACUACCUGCUGGACCUCUAUCGGUUACAAUCGGGUGAGGCUGAGGAGGUCGAAGGGCACAACGUUGCUUUUGAGUACCCGGAGAAGUCAGCCAGUCGGGCCAACACUGUGAGGGGCUUCCACCAUGAAGAGAGCAUGGAGAGGAUCCAUGAGCUGGGUGAUGGAGAAUCCAUGCCUAUCCGCUUCCUGUUCAACCUCAGCAGCAUUCCAGAGGAUGAGUUGCUGUCGUCUGCAGAACUGAGGCUCUACCGCCAUCAGAUUGAUGAAGCCAUCACUGACAAUCUCAUGGAUGAGCAGGGCCUCCACCGGAUAAACAUUUACGAGGUUUUGAAACCCCCACGGCCCGGGCAGCUCAUCACGCAGCUUCUGGAUACGAGGCUCAUGCGGCACAACUCGUCGCGCUGGGAGAGCUUCGACGUCAGCCCCGCCGUGUUGCGCUGGACUCGCGAGGGCCUCCCUAAUCAUGGACUGGCUGUAGAGGUUUUGCACCUGAACCAGACUCCGAGCCACCAGGGCCGCCACGUCCGCAUCAGUCGUUCAGUUCACCAAGAGCCCGGGGAGGACUGGGGGCAGCUACGCCCUCUUCUGGUUACCUUUGGUCAUGAUGGGAAGGGUCACCCGCUGACCCGACGGACCAAGCGCAGCCCUCCCAAAAGGGGUCGUAAACGCAACCGCAGCUGCCGCCGCCAUGCAUUGUAUGUGGACUUUAGCGAUGUUGGCUGGAAUGACUGGAUAGUGGCGCCCCCUGGUUACCAAGCCUAUUACUGCCACGGGGAGUGUCCCUUUCCUCUGGCAGACCAUCUAAACUCAACCAACCAUGCCAUCGUUCAGACAUUGGUGAACUCUGUGAACAGCAACAUUCCCAAGGCCUGCUGUGUACCAACAGAGCUCAGCGCCAUCUCCAUGCUCUAUUUAGACGAACACGACAAGGUUGUUCUAAAAAACUACCAGGAAAUGGUUGUGGAGGGCUGUGGCUGCCGCUAGCACAUGAAGCUACCACGACCCGGACUCAGAGUGGCGUCAUAAACAAAAGAAUGCGGACGCCAACACUAUUCAGAACUUUUUUCCCAAAA